AUGAGAUUUACAAGCUCAUCUGGUAUUUGUCCAGUUCUAGUAUGUCUCUGUUUUGUGCAGAGAUGCUAUGGAGCAACCCAUCACAAUCCCAUAAAAGUGACCAGAAAUCAAACCAAACACAUAGAAGGAGAAACAGAAGUUCACCACCGGCCAAAACGUGGAUGGGUAUGGAAUCAGUUCUUUGUUUUAGAAGAACACAUGGGACCAGAUCCCCAGUAUGUGGGCAAGUUGCACUCAAAUUCGGACAAAGGUGAUGGAUCUGUGAAAUAUAUAUUAACUGGUGAAGGAGCCGGGACAAUAUUUAUCAUUGAUGACACAACAGGGGACAUUCACGCAACAAAAAGCCUGGACCGUGAACAAAAGUCACAUUAUGUUCUUCAUGCACAGGCUAUUGACAGAAGAACCAACAGACCUCUUGAACCAGAAUCUGAAUUUAUUAUUAAAGUUCAAGAUAUCAAUGACAAUGCACCUGAAUUUCCUGAUGGACCUUAUGUUGUCACAGUUCCAGAAAUGUCUGAUGUUGGUACCUCAGUAAUUCAGGUGACAGCUACAGAUGGGGAUGACCCUACUUAUGGAAACAGUGCCAGAGUUGUUUACAGCAUACUUCAAGGACAACCAUAUUUUUCAGUUGAUCCAAAAACAGGAGUUAUUAGGACAGCACUUCCAAACAUGGACAGAGAAGCAAGAGAACAUUAUUCUGUCAUUAUACAAGCAAAAGAUAUGGCGGGUCAAGUUGGAGGACUCUCUGGAACAACUACUAUCAAUGUCACGCUUAUCGAUGUCAAUGAUAACCCACCAAAAUUUCCUCAAAAACAUUACCAACUAUAUGUUCCAGAAUCAGCCCAAGUCGGAUCAGCUGUCGGGAAAAUCAAGGCUAAUGAUGCCGAUAUCGGACUUAAUGCUGACAUCAGGUACUCCAUCGUCAAUGGAGAUGGUGUUUUUACCAUAUCCACUGAUAAAGAAACAAGGGAGGGAAUCCUUUUGCUAAAGAAGCCAUUAAAUUAUGAGAAAAAGAAAUUAUAUUCACUGAACAUCGAAGGAGUAAAUACCCAUCUGGAUUCAAGAUUUUAUCAUCUGGGACCUUUCAAAGACAGCACCAUGUUAAAAGUGAUUGUAGGGGACGUAGAUGAAGCACCUUUGUUUACAAAGUCUGUAUAUGAGAUGGAUGUGUAUGAGAACGCCGAUAUCGGAACCAUUGUGGGAUUGGUAUCAGCCGAUGAUCCUGAUAGCACUAACAGCCUAGUAAGGUAUUUCAUGGAUAAUAAUUUACAAGAAGAGAAGAUUUUUGAAAUUGAUUCAAAAAAUGGUGUAAUUAAGACAACAAAACGACUGGAUCGGGAGGAAAUCCCCUGGUACAAUAUUACAGUAUCAGCAUCAGAGAUAGAUAACCCAACUCUUGUGAGCUAUGUUUCAGUUGUUAUCAAAGUGUUAGAUAUGAACGACAAUUCCCCAUAUAUUGAAAAUGAAGAUGCAGUUGUGUGUGAGAAUGGGAGAUCUGGGCAGGUUAUUCAUACGAUCACAGCCGUAGAUAAAGAUGACACAGCAAAUGGGCAAAAAUUUCAUUUUUCUCUGCGAGAAAGUCACCCGCAAAACCCAAACUUCACUUUAAGAAAUAAUGAAGAUAAUACAGCAAGUAUUUUAACAAGACGGAGAAAGUUUAGUAGAACAUCUCAAGAUAUUUACUACCUUCCUAUUGUUGUUACCGAUGGUGGGACCCCAUCUUUAAGUAGCACCGGAACCCUCACUAUUAGAGUAUGUGCCUGUGAAAGAGAUGGACGAGUAAGAACUUGCCAUGCUGAAGCUUUUCUAUUAUCUGCUGGACUUAGUACUGGAGCCUUAAUCGCAAUUCUGCUUUGCAUUGUCAUUCUACUUGCUAUAGUUGUUCUAUUUAUAACUCUUAGGCGAGGAAAAAAGGAACCUCUUAUAAUUUCUGAAGAAGAUGUGCGUGAAAAUGUAGUAACAUAUGAUGAUGAAGGUGGAGGGGAAGAAGACACUGAAGCUUUUGAUAUUUCAGCACUUCGAAACCCAUGUGCAGCAGAGGAUUUAAAAUACAGAAGGGACAUAAGACCAGACGUAAUGUGUACACCAAGACAUCAGGACCAGUCUUCUGUUGAAACAAUCAAUGUUCAGGAAUUUCUCAAUCAUAAGUUGGCGGAGGCAGACCGCGACCCAAGUGUGCCCCCCUAUGACUCAUUACAGACAUAUGCCUAUGAGGGUCAAAGGUCUGAAGAAGGAUCCAUAAGCUCUCUAGAUUCUUUAGGAACACCUUCUGACCAGGAUUAUACAUUUCUGGAUGACUGGGGACCAGAGUUUAAAAAACUAGCGGAACUCUAUGGAGAAAAGGAAUCCGAAAGAACAAAUUAG